AUGCAUGGCCAAACGCUAUCUUGCUCGACCGUGUUCAAAGUCGUUUGCCUUUACUUGGCGAUUCAAAUCGGGACGAGCUCAGCGCAAGGAUGGAACUGCCCUUUCAACUAUUUAUACCAUUGGGGUGAUGGGGUCACCGACAUCGGCAACUCCAUUUACGUGCUCCCGAGAAUCACUAUCCCGGCCGGGCGAAAGCCGUACGGCAUGACCUAUCCCGGUUAUCCUACUGGCCGUUGGUCGGACGGCCUUGUCGAUUUCGACUACAGUGCUCAGGAUUUAGGACUGCCAAAUAUUCAACCAUAUUUUAACAUGAAUCAAUCGAACGCGGCCAACUAUGACGGGGUCAUAUUCUCAGUGGCAAGAAGCCCAGUGCUCGACCGCAAAUUCUUUCGAGAACGCAACAUUGUUAUUCCACGAUAUGCUGUUUCUCUUAGCCAACAAAUUCGUAGGUUUAAAAGACAUCUCACAUAUGUUUGCAACUCACCAUCCGAAUGUUCGGAAUGGAUUGGAAACUCUCUGGCUUUGAUGGGCGACAUUGAAGGCAAUGACAUUGGCUACGCGUUGACUCAAGGAAAGACUAUCGAGGAAGUGAAGACCUACGUGCCGGUUAUAGUGAAGGCUCUUAUUGAUCGAUCGAGGGAGAUUAUAAAAUUAGGUGCUAAGCGAAUGAUCAUUCCUGGAAACGGACCCCUCGGAUGCUACCCUUACAUUUUGACCGAGCUAAAAUCGAACAACCCAAAGGAUUAUGACGAGCUCGGGUGUUUGGCCACAGUGAACAAUUUCACAGUUUGGAAAAAUAACUAUCUCCUAAAUGCCAUGGUAACGCUCGAAAAUGAAUUUCCGGACGUGCAGAUACUUUACGGCGACAUGUAUACUGGCCUCCGGACACUUAUUGUCAAUUCAACAGUCAUAGGGCCCGACGGAGUAAACCGUGCAUUAAAAUCAUGUUGUGGGAUCGGAGGGAAGUACAACUUCGACCGAAAGAGAUUUUGUGGCGACAAGGGAGUACCCGUUUGCUCCAACCCGAAAGAUUACGUAUUUUGGGACGGUAUGCAUUACACACAAGAGGGUCAAAUGAGGGUCGAGAAGUCGUUGAUCUUUGACGCUCUUGCGACGCUCAAUUGCACGCCACCCGACACUACAGUUCCGUACUUGGGCAGCUGGGCUACUACUUAUAUGCGGGCUUCGCACUAUCUGGCUAGCAUGUGA